GAAAUACUCCCCCCCCAAAAAAAAGAGUGAGGAGGAGAUGAUACUUAUUAAUGCAUGAAUGGAGGAAGGGAAGCGAGGGCCGAGGAUAGAAGAAGAGAUGGUGGAAGCCGCGUUAGCUGCCGCGGGCGCGGCACUGUUCGUCUCCGGCAUGAAGCAUCUCCUCCCCUUCCUCCCGUGUUCGUGCGCUCUCUCCGCAGCGCUAGUGAUGGCCCCCUCCCCCUUCCUUUUCCUGCUGCUCAACGUCGUCGUCGCCUCCAUCGUCGUCGUCUCGCUGCGACCUGCGCGCUCCCUCGGCGUCGAGAGAAAGAAGGCGACGUCGAAGAUUGACGGAGAGAAAGAGAAAUUCGAGGAGAGAUCAGCGACGGCGGCGGAGACAGAGGCAGAGGCGGAGGCGGAGGCGGAGGCGGAUGAGGAGGGAGGGGUCGAGGCGGAGGAGCUGAACAGAAGGGCGGAGGCGUUCAUCGCGGCGUUCCGGCGGCAGCUCUCCGCGGAUUCCUUCUCCUCCGGCGCGGCCGCCGGAGCUAAUGCUCAAUGAGGUUUUUUUUUUUUCCCUUUUUUUCUUUUUUUUUCUUUUUUUUGGGGUGUGUGUGUGUGUGAGUGAGG